GGCAGGCCCCUCAGCCUCAAUUGUUGAAGCUGGCACCUCUACGUGAAGACCGCAAAUUUGUACGUGCCAACCGCAUACCUCUCUCUCUCUCUCUCUAUCCUCUGCCCUUAGCUGCUUCUGAAACGGCGGGGAUCUAAAUCAGGCAAAACAAUCCUAGAAUUCCAUGGUUCCUUUGACCUCUUCUAGAGAGAGAGAAAGUGUCUUCCAGUCAUUGUUAAUUCCUUUUUCUCAUUCCUUUUCUAAAUUUAUUUUAGUUUUUGUCUCAGAAGUGCAGAAAUCUGCGGGUCCUCCUUUGCAGAACACCAGUAGAUGGGUGUAUUGCCGGAAAAUUGCCCGUAAAAUGAGCACCAAGGGCCUCCGCUGAGGCCCUCAGCCCUACAUGGGCUGUUUAAGGCUUUGUCAAACAUACCCACUUCGUAAUAUUUCCUUAGAUUAUAUUGAUAUUGUAUUGUAUUAUAUUAUGUGUUGGUGUCACCACAUCUCGUCUCCUUCUCUGCUACAAUCUGGUUCUAGCUGUUCCCUGGAUGCCAGCUUUCAGCUUUCACUGUAUUUUCGUUGAAUCCGCAAUUGGUUGAACGUGCAUCUCUGCAGUUCCAUCCUCCCUUUAGUUUUCUUGAUUAUGUUGACAGAGAGCAGGCCUUAAUUAAGGGCUCGGCUGAUGCUCGACUGCAGCAUCAACCAUCUCUCCCCUUACCAACAAAGAGAAAGAAAGGGAGAAGAUGAGCGCUGCGGAGACAGAUGCCGAAGCAUGCGAACCGGAGUCGAGCCGUUAUGGCUGCAACAUCUUCAGGAGCGUCUUCGGACGGCGCCGGACGUCAUCGAGUCGCGGUCCGAUCGCCGGGGGCGCGGGUGUGUCGAAGGAAAAAGGGAGCCACCUGAGCCUCUCAAGACGCAGGAAAGCUGGUUCGGACGAGGCCUCUUUCCUUGCGCAGGAUCCUUCGGGCCCGACCCUGUCUCCGUCCAACGCGUUGGUCCAAGUUAUGCCUGGUUCCAAUGCAUUGGCCACCACCAACGGCAACGACAACCAGAGAGCCGUGGUGCCAAAGAGUGCCAACAUGAACCAACUCGUGCCCCGGAAUCCGACGACCGACCUUGUUCAGGGCAGGCCGCCUGCUGCCGCCGACGGGAACAGUACCCUGAUGAGGGCAUCGAGUAAAGUUAUGGUACUGGGGCACCUUGGCAAUCUCAGGCAAGCUGCAACACCUACAUACAAUGACUCUGAUUUGCACAACCACCACAAGAGCAAUAGUGGCAACAGCAACAACAAGAAUCUGAGAGGGCAGAAGGCCAAUCCUGCCGCCUAUGCUGCCGCCACAGCCGCCGCUGAGGCAGUCUUGUCCCCGCAGAGAAAGAAGUAUGGAAUGAUGCAGGACAACAGCAGCAGCAGCAACAACAACAACAACAACAACAGUGUAGUUCAGAACAAUAAUAGUGUGGACAGAGCUGGUGGAGAAAGUCAACCUGGUGAGGCCGUAGGAGCCCUGAGCAGGGCCCUGUCUAAGAGGCUCGAUCCAGAGGAAUUGAAAGAAGCAGGCAACGAAGAGUAUAAAAAUGGCAGAUUUGCAGAAGCACUGGCAUUGUAUGAUCGAGCUAUCGUUCUUGAUCCUAGCCGUGCUUCGUACCAUAGCAACAAGAGCGCCGCACUUAUAGGGCUCGGCCGGUUCCUUGAUGCAGUUUCAGAGUGUAAGGAAGCAAUCAGGCUUGAGCCCACGUAUACCAGAGCCCAUCAUCGAUUGGCCAUUCUUUAUUUCAGACUUGGAGUCACAGAUAAAUCCCUCUUCCAUUAUAAACAAGCCGGAAAUGAAACGAAUCCGAAGGAAAUCCGGCAGGUGCAGGCGUUACAGACCCUGCUGACAAAGUGCACCGAGGCAAGAAAGUCGAGAGACUAUCAGACCCUGCUGAAGGAGACAGCUGCUGCCAUUGAUGAUGGUGCCGAUGCUGCUCCACUUUUGUUUGCAUCUCAAGCAGAGGCAUUGCUGAGACUUCACCGGCAUGAAGAGGCAGACAAGGCGCUGAGCAGUGGCCCUCAGUUCGCAGUGGAGGCUGCCACCGAAUUCUUUGGAGCUGCAAGCAAUGCCUGCAUGCUUCUCAUCAGGGCACAGGUGGACUUGGCUUCAGGCAGGUUCGAGAAUGCAGUUUCUAGCGCACAGCUUGCUGCUACCUUGGAUCCAAGCAACAAGGAAAUUGCUUUAUUUGCAAGGAAGGCACAGACCGUGGCAGCGACUCGAUUAAAUGGGAAUGAAUUGUUCAAAUCUUCAAACUUUCACGAAGCCUGUGCAGCCUAUAGUGAAGGAUUGGAGCAUGAACCAAUGAACGCCAUUCUCUUGUGCAACCGAGCAGCCUGCAGAUCCAAGCUUAGGCAGCUCGAAAAGGCAAUCGAGGAUUGUAAUGCGUCGCUCAAGCUAAGACCAAACUACAGUAAAGCCCGCCUUCGGCGAGCAGACUGCAAUGCUAAGUUAGGGAGAUGGGAGGCAUCAAUCAAAGACUACGAGGCAUUGCUGAAGGAAUCCCCAGAUGAUGCUGAGUUACUUCAGGGUCUAGCAAACGCCAAGCAGCAGCUUGAGAAGCAGGCAGUAGCAACAGGGGAGAAGCCCACAGAAGAGGACGGUUCACAGGAACCAGACGACCUUAUUGUUAUCUCAAAUGCAGAUGAUUACAGGGAGUUCGUCAGAUCUCCCGCAGGCCUGUAUGUGGCGUUCUUUUGCUCAAAAUCAAGUGAACCAUCUCAACAGAUCUUGCCAUUUGUACAACAGCUUUCCAAGAGGCACCAAUCCAUCCAUUUUCUCAAGGUGGACAUUGAGGAAAGCCCAGUCCUUGCCAAGUGGGAACGUGUUAGCUCAGUGCCAGCAUUCAAGAUAUACAAGAACGGGAACAAAGUGAAAGACAUUGCUGGAGCAAAUCAGCAGCUGCUAGAGAGCUCUGUCAAAUUCUUCAGCAGUUGAGAGGAAAAGCCACUAAGAGUCACUCAAGAUUUCCCCAAACAUCUGGAUUUCACAUGUGGGGAGCCCAUGACCAUGCGGGGAGAUAAAACCAUGACAUGGAAAAUGAUGCAUGGGAGUUUGUGGGUCAUGCCCUUUCAUGAUGAUGGUGAACUCUAUGGGCUGGGAAGGAUGCAACUCUCGAAGCAUGGGAACUGAGACAGCAGAAGCAACUGCAUACAUGGAUGCAUGAGAAAUCUGCAGAUCAAAUUGCUUAAGUUGAUGAUCAUCAACAGAUGGCCUUUGGGGAUGUGUAUUCUGUACCUUUAUGCAUAUGAUUCGUUCAUUUGUUCAAUUGACAUUUUUUGAAUGCUUUUCAUAUUGCAGUUC